UUGAUGAAGUGUUCUUGGUGAAGUGUUCUCGUUACAUUUUGAAGAUACGACUUGUUUAUGGGUAAUGGAUAAUUACCCUUAUUUUUCGCUAUAACUGAAGGAAUGUUAUCAAUUCUAUAUUGUGUUAAAUUGUUUCUAAGUGUAAAGCGGAUGAACAACCUUCACCCCAUUUUCAGGUGUAUAACAUUUACAUGUGUGUAUUCUAUAAUGUUAUUUGGAUACUUCACUCCAGAAGUUCCUUUUGUUUUUAUUUACUUAAUUAGACACUAGUACCUAAAUUAAUUAUAUAGCUACAUUAGUAACUAACAUUAUGUGGUACUGACUGGCUAGACCCUUAACAUGAUGUGGUAAUGAUUGCUUAGAUUAUUAAUAUUAUGUGGUACUGAUUGGUUAGAUCACUAAAAUUAUGUGGUACUGAUUGGUUCGACCCCUAACAUUAUGUGGUACUGAUUGGGUAGACCAAUUACCUUAUGUGGUACUGAUUCGGCAGGCCACUAAAAUUAUGUGGUACUGAUUGGUUAGAUCACUAAAAUUAUGUGGUACUGAUUGGUUAGACACCUAAUAUUAUGUGGUACUGAUUGGUUAGACAACUUACAUUAUGUGGUAAUGGUUGGUUAGACCACUAACAUCAUGUGUGACCUUGUGUCUAUGUGUGAUUUGGUGUCUAAAUGUGAAUAUCUAUGGCUAUAUGUGACUAUGUAUGACUAAGUGUGAUUAUGUGUAACUAUGUGUGACUUACUGAGUUAAUAUCAGUAGCAUUAAAACAUUGGCGUCCGUAGGAUUAAUGGCCUCCGGGGGGUGACAAGAUUUUUGCCGCCCCUUUAAAAUAAAGGCUCUGCAGUUUGCCCAACAUGCUUUCCCUUAUAUAUAUAAUAUAUUUUGGCAUGUUUACACAUAGUCACACAUAUACAUGUGGCGAUCGUAAAUAUUGAAGAGGGAGAAUAAGCUAGGGCAAAAAGCAUAUCCUCAAGGGCGCGACAAUUGGCAUUCAUUUAGUUCAUGUUGGGCUCUGGUGAAGUUAGAGAUAUCACUGAACCUUAAAUAGCCAUUGAGGGAGCUUCCCACCAGAAAGAACCCCCCCCCCCUCAAAAUUGUAGGAUAGAAAAAGCGAAUUCAAGUGUGCGCCAAAAUGCAUCAGUUUUCGGCACCAUUCAUUUCUCCACCCAUGCACCCACCCCUUUCUCUCACGUUGAUCAGUGUGACAGAACGUGAUUGACUAUAUGAUUGUGCAAAAUGAUUCCCCUUGGGCGCGCCACAACCGGAGUGAGUUCAGCUUAUGUUUGGCAUUUAGCGACAUGAUCCGUCGCCCAGACUCUUGCCUAGUGGAGUAGCUAGUGUCAGUGCUGAUAGAUACAUUUUUUUGUGGAAUGGCUAGUGUCAGUGCCACCCUGGACAAGAUUAACGUCGCGAUACAAACUCUGAAGAUGUCAUAAAACACGGCCCCUCCAUAUAAAUAAGUGGCACCUAGGUGGCCUAUCCCACUCGCCCCAUUUCAGAGGCGUAGCGGGAGUGUUUUGGCGCCAUGGGACAAGAUUCAUUUUUACGCCCCUCAACUAAGAAAACCAUUAUUUUCAUUCAUCAAAUAACACCGCCUUGGCGCCCCAAAUACUCCCUCACACGGGGUUUAUGUCCCACUCUUCCCCCUUUAUCUACGCCUCUAGCCUUGCACUGCCCCCUGAAAAUCUGAAAUGUCCCGCGGAGUAACACUGCGCCCAACCCUUCCUACGCGAGUGCAUCAGACCUCGUGCCAUGUCAGAGCUGCCUUUCACGGGCCGACCUUUAUUUAGACCCACAUUAAUCCCAUGUUCGAAUCAAAAUCAAUAUUGUGACCGCGCAGCGCAUUGUCUACAUGCCUACGGCGUAAUGGGGCACUCUGUCGUACGUCACGACCCUACCUAAACUGAUCGGAAUUAGAUCAAUAAACGGGUUACCUGUGCCCCAAGACACACCUCAAUCUUAUUGUCAAGGCUAGAGAUUGAUUUUUUGAUUGGGUCGCCGUGGUCAUUUGAAUGGUUUCAAGACAUUUUGUCUUUGUUUAUGCAUGGUUGGAGAUUUCAUAAUACCGUCAGGUUAUGACUGGAGAUGUCUCUAGCGACGCAUGUGAUGUGUACACUGUACACAUUGGUACAGACAUGACAUAGAAAUGAUAUAGGAAUUAUAGAGACGUGAUACAGUCAAAGGCAGCCAUAAUACCGCCAGGUUGCUUGUGGAGUGGUCUCUAGUGGUGUGUACACAUUGGUCUAGUUGUCUUACUGCAGAUUUAAUACAGACAUGGUACAGACAUGUUACAUUUAUGAUACAGACAUGUUACAGUCAUGACAGAGGCAUGAUACACAGAUGAUAGAGACAUGAUACAUAAUUAAUAAAGAUAUGUUACAGACAUGAUACAGGCGUGAUACACAUAUGAUACAGACAUCAUACAGACAAGAUACACACAUAAUACAGACAUGAUAGAGACAUGAUACAGAUAAUAACAAUGACAUGAUACAGGCAUGAUAAAGACAUGAUACACAUAUUAUACAUACAUAAUGCAGACAUGAUACAAACAAAAUAAUGACAUGAUGCAGGCAUGAUGAAGACAUGAUACAUGGGUCUUGGAGGCUGACACUUUUCAAUAAACAUCGGUUGCCUCCUCAUGAAAUGGUCAAAGACUUAUAUUUCCCAUUUAUUACACAAUGUCAAUUCUUCAUAAAUAAUAUAUAUUGUUUUAAAAAAGACUUAGAAUCAUAUACAUGUUACAAAAGAAAUGUCAUUGAGAAUCUCUUACAUGUUGGGCCAAAUAACUGAGAUAGUGAGCGACCAUUUUCACCCUUUAACAAUAUUUAUCAUAAAUGUUUGAUCAGCUCUAAUGACUACAGUUGUCUAAAUGCCAUGAACGCAUGUAUGCCGUGACCCCAUGUAUGCCAUUACCCUUGUAUGAAAUGACCCCAAGUAUGCUUUGACCCUAUGUAUGCCAUGACACAAUGUAUGCCAUGACACCAUGUAUGCCAUGACACCAUGUAUGCCAUGACACCAUGUAUGCCAUGACCCCAAGUAUGUCAUGACCAAAAGUAUGCUCCAUGUAAGACAUGAUCAUAUGUAUGCCAUAUCCCAUGUGUGCCAUGACACCAUUUAUGCCAUGACACCAUGUGUGCCAUGACACCAUUUAUGCCAUGACACCAUGUGUGCCUGACACCACUUAUGCCAUGACACCAUGAAUGCCAUGACACCAUGUAUGCCAUGACAUCAUUUAUGCUAUGACCCAAUGUAUGCCCUGAUCCCAAGUUUGCCAUGACCCAAUGUAUGCCCUGAUCCCAAAUAUGCUUAUUCAAAUACGUCAAGAGACAAUUUGAUUGGCGGUAUUUAGCUUAGACUGCAGAUAGAAUGCAAUUAAAGACAAUGUUUUUCAAUAGAUAAUUUACUGAAGUCAUAGCUAAGUAAUUACUAACAUCGUUAAGCCUCCAAAACCUUUGGCCCCUCUGACGUACGAGUUAGAUGACCAUCAUAAGUUAAACUAACUUAUUAUAAAUCCUUGGAUCCAAUCUCAGCUUCGCGAUUCAACAUACUUCCUAUAGGCCACAAAUGAACUUUAUCAUACUUCCUAUAGGCCACAAAUGCACCUUAUCAUACUUCCUAUAGGCCACAAAUGCACUUUAUCAUAUUUCCUAUAGUCCACAAAUGCACUUUAUCAUACAUCCUAUAGGCAAGAUUUGCACUUUAUCAUACUUCGUAUAGGCCACAAAUGCACUUUAUCAUACUUCGUAUAGGCCACAAAUGCACUUUAUCAUACUUCGUAUAGGCCACAAAUGCACUUUAUCAUACUUCCUAAAGGCCACAAAUGCAUUUUAUCAUACUUCUUAUAGGCCACAAUUGCACUUUAUCAUACUUCGUAUAGGCCACAAUAGUGCUUUAUCAUACUUCCUAUAGGCCACAAUGGCGCUUUAUCAUACUUCCUAUAGGCCAUAAUUGAGCUUUAUCAUACUUCCUAUUGGCCAGAAUAGCUUUUUAUCAUACUUCUUAUAGGCAACAAUUGUGCUUUAUCAUACUUAAUAUAGGCAACAAUUGCGUUUUAUCACACUUCAUAUAGUCCACACUUGAGCUUUAUCAUACUUCAUAUAGGCCACAAUAGCGCUUUAUCAUACUUCUUAUAGGCAACAAUUGUGCUUUAUCAUACUUAAUAUAGGCAACAAUUGCGUUUUAUCACACUUCAUAUAGGCCACACUUGAGCUUUAUCAUACUUCCUAUAGGCCAGAAUAGCGCUUUAUCACACUUCUUAUAGGCAACAAUUGUGCUUUAUCAUACUUAAUAUAGGCCAGAAUAGCGCUUUAUCAUACUUCUUAUAGGCAACAAUUGUGCUUUAUCACACUUUCUAUAGGCCACAAUUGCGCUUUAUCACACUUCCUAUAGGCCAAAAUUGGCGCUUUAUCAUACAUCCUAUAGGCUACAAUUGCACUUUAUCAUACUUCGUAUAGGCCACAAUUGCGCUUUACCAUACUUCCUAUAGGCCACAAUAGUGCUUUAUCAUACUUCCUAUAGGCAACGAUUGCGCUUUACCAUAAUUCCUAUAGGCCACAAUUGCGCUUUACCAUACUUCUAUAGGCCACAAUUGCACUUCAUACUUCCUAUAGGCCACAAUCGUGCUUUAUCAUACUUCCUAUAGGUCACAAUUGCGCUUAACUAUACUUCCUAUAGGCCACAAUUGCACUUUAUCAUACUUCCUAUAGGCCACAAUAGUGCUUUAUCAUAUUUCCUAUAGGCCACAAUUGCGCUUUAUCAUACUUCCUAACGGCCACAAUUGUGCUUUACCAUACUUCCUAUAGGCCACAAUAGCGCUUUAUCAUACUUCCUAUAGGCCAUAAUUGAGCUUUAUCAUACUUCCUAUAGGCCACAAUAGCGCUUUAUCAUACUUCCUAUAGGCCAUAAUUGAGCUUUAUCAUACUUCGUAUAGGCCACAAUAGUGCUUUUUCAUACUUCUAUAGGCCACAAUUGCACUUUAUCAUACUUCGUAUAGGCCACAAUAGCGCUUUAUCACACUUCCUAUAGGCAACGAUUGAGCUUUAUCAUACUUCCUAUAGGCCACAAUAGCGCUUUAUCAUACUUCCUAUAGGCCACAAUUGCACUUUAUCAUACUUCCUAAAGGCCGCAAUUGCACUUUAUCAUACUUCGUAUAGGCCACAAUAGUGCUUUAUCAUACAAAAGAUGUUAUAAGCUUUGUCUCACUAGUAUAAGUGAUGUUUUAAUCUUUGUCACACUAGCACAAAGGAUGUUAUAAUCUAUCUCACACUAGUAUAAGGGAUGUUAUAAUCUUUCUCACACUAGCGCAUGGGAUGUUAUAAUCUUUCUCAAACUAGUAUAAGGGAUGUUAUAAUCUUUGUCACACUAGCACAAGGGAUGCUAUAAUCUUUGUCACACUAGCACAAGUGAUGUUAUAAUCUUUGUCAAAUUAGCACAAGUGGUGUUAUAAUCUUUGUCACACUAGUAUAAGGGAUGUUAUAAUAUUUGUCACAUUAGCACAACGGAUGUUAUAAUCUUUGUCCCACUAGUAUAAGGGAUGUUAUAAUCUUUGUCACACUAGCACAAGGGAUUAUAUAAUCUUUGUCACACUAGUAUACGUGAUGUUAUAAUCCUUGUCACACUAGCGCAAAGGAUGGUAUAAUCUAUGUCAAACUAAGUAUAAGGGAUGUUAUAAUCUUUGUCACACUAGCACAUGGCAUGUUAUAAUCUUUUUCACACUAGUAUAAGGGAUGUUAUAAUCUUUGUCACACUAGCACAAGGGAUGUUAUAAUCUUUGUCACACUGGCACAAGAUAUGUUAUAAUCUUUGUCACACUAGUUUAAGGGAUGUUAUAAUCUUUGUACCACUAGCACAAUGGAUGAUAUAAUCUUUGUCACACUAGUAUAAGGGAUGUUAUAAUUUUUGUCACCCUAACACAAGGGUUGUUAUAAUCUUUGUCACUCUAGUAUAAGGGAUGUUGUAAUCUCUUUCACACUAGUAUAAGGGACGUUAUAAUCUCUGUCACACUAGUAUAAGGGAUGAUAUAAUCUCUGUCACACUAGUAUAAAGGAUGUUAUAAUCGCAGUUACACUAGUAUAAGGGAUGUUAUAAUCUCUGUCACACUAGUAUAAGGGAUGUUAUAAUAUCUGUCACACUAGUAUAAGGGAUAUUAUAAUCUCUGUCACACUAGCAUCAGGGAUGAUUUAUGGUUCUUUCAAAUUUAUUUUAGACUCGUUUUCUUUUAAAUAUAAAAGAUCCUCUAACCAAUAAUCAUCCCGGAAUAAGAUUAAUUUCCUGGUUCGUUAACAUAAAUUGGUCACAAUGCCAACGUUUAGCAAUCAACAUAUUGGCCAAGGCCCAUAAUUUGAUUGAAGGUUAACACUAAACACAUGAGCAAAUGCCCAUUAUUGAAUUGAAGUUUAAUCCUCACCACAUUUGGCUAAGCCCAUAAUUUGAUCAAACGUUAAAUCUGUUGACGAGAUGAGAAAAAAACAUUCACAAAAACAUUUAAUAAAUUAAUAAUUGUGGACGAACUCUGUCUCCAAUGACAGAACAAGACUCAGUCACAUGACACCACGACCCACUAAUCAGUUGAAUGAAGUAUUUGGAAUUUCAAACUACUAUAACCUUUUUCAGAAAAUUUAAAAAUUGCCACUGAGAUAUAAGUUAAAACAUUUUAUUCCCAAAUCAACAGAAAUUAUUUUAGAUUGACAAAUUAGGAAUAUGUUUUUUUCUAAACAAGUACCAACAAAAAUGGAAUUAGCAAGGUAAUCGAAACGAAAUGUCUACAUGUCCGCCGACCGGUCGCAUCAUUCUCGAGAUAGUCGUCCGGCGACCAGGUCACACGACUGUCGUAACAAAGUUGGGCGAGAUAUUUGUUCGUCAGUCUUGUCGCAUGACCGCUUAUAGUCGAUCAUAAAACUGGCGUCGGAGAGGCAAGGGGGGGGGGGGGGGGGUGGGGGGGGGGGGGGGAAAAAAAAGUAUGUGGGGAAGAAAAGGGGGGGGGGGGGGGCGUGCAAUGCAUACUAGAAGGAAGAAAUACUGAGAGCGAGAGAGAAUGGAUAAAAAUGAUAGUGAGGGUAAUAAAUAGUUAAGUCGGGGAGGUCGAAAGGUCACAAAGAAAUAGACCCUGCAUCUUAAUAUAGGGCAAAUAUAGGGCAAAUAGUUUUGUGCUGGGUGGCCGAGUGGUUUAAACUGAGCAAAUCCCAAGUUCCAGCCAGAGACCAGUCAAGCACCCCGGGUAGAUGGGACUCGUUAACCUUGGAUGGCAACUCAUCGAAGAGAUGGAAACUAUGAAAUCAAACCCGAAAGGAGUCCCGAAAGGCGGAUAACAUAGAUACGAUGAAACAUUCCGACAACUCCUGCGAGUCACUGGUGCAAAGCUGUAUCAUCCAAUGAUGUUCCCUUGGGUUAUCCAUCGGCGUGGAGAGAUGCGAUUUGCUGUUGGGAACCAGCUUAUAAUCCUUGAAGUAUAAUCCCAGGGCAUGUGGAUUUCGUCCUCCGAAGCCCACUCCAUCGUCAAAUUGUGACGGACGGAUGCCAGCAAGUAUUGUGCUGUUGGGGUAGCUUCUUCUCACGCAAUAUUAAGAAAAUCUCCGGCACUAUUUGGCCUGUCGCCGGACGUGUAGGCACUGCCUAAUCAGAAUGCUAGAAGAAAAAAAUUAAUUGUUUUAAAAUGUACACAAACGUGGGCGUUUGUUUUAUUUAUCUUAUAUAAAAAAGACAAAAGAAGUUGGGGAUAUAAUGAUUAUAGGCUAAUUAUUUUAUUUAUUGUAUUUACUUAGUUUACAUGUUUUAAUAACUGUAAAGCGCUUAGAGCUUUAUGAUAAGCGCUAUAUAAAAAUGCCUAAAUAAAUAAAUACAUAAAUAUUAAUAGUCUAAAAUAAAACUUUUUUGACAGUAGAUCUAUUGCAGUCAACUAGCAAGUAUUGGUCUUAUUUUCAUUGGUUCAUAUUUUUUAAUAUAGGCUACUAAGUAGAGCUUUAUAAAAUAUUUAAACAAGAUAACGUAUUUUUUUUAUUUUUGCAGGCGACCUCUUGUCACACGACAUUGCUGCCGGAAUAAUGACACAUACUAGUCGUCCGGCGGUCACAUGACCUGCCCGCCGGAAGAAAAUCUCCGGCACUAUUUGGCCUGUCGCCGGACGUCUAGGCACUGCCUAAUCAGAAUGCUAGAAGAAAAAAAUUAAUUGUUUUAAAAUGUACACAAAUGUGGGCGUUUGUUUUAUUUAUCUUAUAUAAAAAAGACAAAAGAAGUUGGGGAUAUAAUGAUUAUAGGCUAAUUAUUUUUUUAAACCUCUGUUAUUCAGGAAAAUUUGUUACAAAAAUAACACAUUUAAACAAAACUUAAACGCUUUCGAUGUAAUAAAUGAUGAAAUGUCCACUAUUUGUAUGUGUCCGUUACAAUCUUAAUUAAUUACAAAGCUAUAACUUAAUUUUUUUUUUUUAAAGUUCAAUUUUAUAUACCUCAAAAUUCAUUGAAUCGAGUACAUUUAUAUUUAUAAUUAUGCUAAUAAAAAUAUAUUUUUUUAGCCUAAUAACAUCAUACAAUUUAUAAUUAACUAAACACCCAUCCCUACUUUAAAAGUCAUGCUUUUAUAAUGAAAUAUAAUUUGAACAUAUAUUGGGUAUGUUUAAUACAUGGCAAGAACUAUUAUUAGAAUUGUAGACAUUGCAAGUGAUUGUAAGUUAGUUUAAUACAGUGGUAUCUAAACCUUUAAAUUUGUGAAGUUGCUAAAAAUAAAUGAAUGAAAAAACAACAACAACUGAUAAGUGCGAAUAACGGGAGGUAAGUCUCCGGUUUAUAAUCAGGAACGGCAGGUACGAUAUUUAUAAUCGAAUACUGUAAGGGUUGAACAAGAUUAGCCUUAUAUAUACGGAUCAUCAAAUAUAUCGUACAUAGCGAUAUUUCAUAGAUUCUACUAAUUGUUAUCGGUUAGAGGCACCAGAUACUAUUCUUCUGAAAACUGAUUAAAAUUGAAAAUUUAGUCUCCUUUUUCCAAUAUUGAUAUAAAAUCUAUAUCCUGUUUUAGGGGGGGGGGGGGGGGGGGGGGGGGGAGGGGGGGGGGGGGGGGAGGGCACUUGAGAUGGCUGAAAGAAACCCUGAGUCCACUUUUACUGAAUGUUUCCUCCCCCCCCCACCACCCCCCGGAUGUCCAACCACAGAGGUCCUCACUUUAUUGUUGAUACAGAAAACUAUUUGUUAUGAAAUUAAGGGUACCAAACAUAAGUCCACAUUUUCUUAUUUAGGUCUUUCCCCACCCCUGUGUACGUUUCUUAUGACCUCAACCUGACCGAAGUCCUCCCCCAUAUUACCCCUAUAUUACAUUCACGUACUGUCGCAUAAGGUGAAUGUUAUCGCUUUGAAAUUUUAAAAUUAAAAAAAAAAUGUUUCAACUACGUAACAAUUCCUUUUAAAUGAAAAUAAAAUAUUUUUUUUAAAAUGAAAAACAAACUGUUCACCAGCACCAAUCCGAAAGAAUGCUGAAUCAAAAGAAUGCUGAAUCAAAAGAAUGCAUGCUGAAUCAAAAGAAUGCUGAAUCAAAAGAAUGCCGAAUCAAAAGAAUGCUGAAUCAAAGUGUUACAGAGAGCUUGUUUACACAAUAUUUCUCGUACGUGCCCUCUGAUUGACCCCGCAUGAGACGCUGUGCUCACAAAGGGGUGUGGCUUAGGUCUUUGAUGUAUUUCUUGUUUACACCGCUAGCCACUAAAAAUAAUUAAUCUGUUCCAAGUAGUGUUUUGUAGAAUCAUUCUGAUGGUUCUAGAACUGCCGUGUAACUUUUCGAAAGCAGGGCUUAGGCGUCGGUAGACCCACCUAUAUAAGGGAUUGACAGGCACGGACGAGAACGGACGGAGAUUUUUGAGAUAGAUUUUCUUAACAUUACGAGGCGUGUUUUAUUCUUUGUGUAUUUGUGUGCUCCUACUUAUAUGUGUUUAUUUCGCAUUAUUUAUUGGCAUCAUUAUUUCUAAUUGUAUUAACUGUGUACCGGAUUUGUAAUUAUCUUAAGACAUAAUAAAUCUUAAUUAAUUGUAACUAGAAACUGUUUUGGGUCGUAUCUUUAAUAUUGUUGAUUCUAUGGUAUCGUCCUUUGUUAGGCACUGCUUACAACGAGCCAAUCAAAAUUAAAAUAGGAGAUUAAUUUCUCCCAAUACAAGUCAGUGCGUAACACAAAGGAAUGCUGAAUCAAAAGAAUGCUGAAUCAAACUUAUAAAAACAAGAAGACAAGAAUAUCUUUAACGAAGGGAAAACAACGUCUUAUUCUUGGGAUCUUUUUUUAUCGAUUUGUAUUUUUUUUUCUUUCAGGCCUGAAAGAACUAGAAACCAAGAAUUUGAAUAUCAUCUGUUCAUGAACUUUUCAAAAGUUAAAUCUCCCUACAGGAAGCCAUUCUAAGCGUGUUUGCCUAAAGAUCACCUGCCUACGAUUAUUGCCGAAAAUUAUAAAUACAUCCCAAGAACCCGUGACGCAAGUUACAUUUCAAGUUACUUGGGACACACAAUGUUACUAAAAAUGAACAUCUGUUACUAAGUGAGCCCCAGUCAUGACUACCUCGGAGGAAAAAUGGAUGUGGGUGCUCCGGUCAGGCAUUGGUGUGACUCUAUUGGCUGGACUUCUUUUCUUCAUUGGCUUCGCCACCAACUAUUGGUCCAAUAAAAGCAACAUCAAUUUCGGGCUUUGGGAGAUCUGCAGUGGACCAACGUGUACCGCCCUCAGCUCAGAUAUGCCAGGUAGGUUUGAAAUCAGGUGUUAUGGCUAUCCUUACAACAUUUUAACUUGAUGACUCACUGACAUUCACACUGACUCACAGAAUUCACACUUACUCACAUAAUUCACACUGACUCACUGACAUUCACACUGUCUCACUGACAUUCACACUGACUCACUGACAUUCACACUGACUCACUGACAUUCACACUGACACACUGACAUUCUCAAUGACUCACUGACAUUCACACUGACUCACUGACAUUCACACUGACUCACUGACAUUCACACCGUCUCACCGACAUUCCCACGGACUCACUGACAUUCACACUGACUCACUGACAUUUACACAUACUCACUGACAUUCACACUGAAGGUGGCAGGAGUUGGGGGGGGGGGCUUAUUUAUUUUAUCAGUUGUUCUCAAACGUUUGAACUCGCGAAAAUACUGCAAUGUUGCAGAUGGCUAAAGAGAAUGUGGGGGUCUUCAUUUUGAUUAAAGAUUACUCUCAGCAGCGGUUCACGCAAUUUCAAACAUUAUUUAAUGUGUAUUAAUGCAUAAUGGCUGUGUUGCUUAGGGUUGAAAUGGCUAGAAAGACUUUGCCAUUGUAUGCUUGUAAUUAGUUUUUGUAGUGUUACGUUUGUUUUAAAUGUGGUAAAUUAUAGAUAUGUUUUUUGUUGACUUUGUACCGCGCUUCGAGCCUUGGGGAUGAAGCGUGUUUUUGAAAUGAACUUUAUUAUUAUUAUUAUUUUAACAAUUUGAUUGUAAUCGCGCACAGUGUACAUCUGUAUUUCCCAUCUUUUUCUUCUCCUUUACACUCCUGAACCUAGAUUACCACAAGGCCACACAAGCCCUGCAAAUCAUUGCAAUUGUCCUGUAUGUGCUAUCGCCCAUCAUUCAAUUUUUUGUUUACUGUGGCGUUAAGGAGAAAAGUUCUGGAGUCAAGUCAAGAAUUUUUGACAUAGGAUUUUCUAUAGGAGGUAAAUAUAUUCAAACUUUAUUUAAUCCUGUUUGUCUUUUGAACGUUCGCUUGCCAAGUACGAGUAUCGUUAUAUGAAAUAACUUCAUUCAUGCGUACAAUAAUAAUAAUAAUAAUUAGUGGUCUUUUAUAGAUCGGUACCCUAGCCUAGGGCUGGGCUCACCGCACUGUACAUCAAACUAUUAUCAAAAGAGACAUAAUCAUGACAUGAAAAUCAAAUGCAAUUAUGAAAUAAAGAACAGCAUGAACCCCAGGACUUUUACAAGGCAAACCAUGGACGGCAGCCAACAAGAUCAUUUAUCAGUCAGAGGAGGGGAAUCAGUCAGGGUAGUAUAAUUUAAAGAGAUGUGUUUUGAGUGCUGUUUUGAAGGCCUGGGUGGUUGGUACAUGUGUAGUGGCAAAGAAUUCCAUUGUUUAGGGGCGCAGAAAGAGAAAGAUCGUUCACCUUAUGUUUUAGUGUGUGUCUUGGGAAUGGACAGAAUACGCGUGUCUGCGGAGGAGCGAAUCUGUCGAACGGGUGAAUAGACAGAAAGAACAACACAUGUUAACAUAAAUAUAACUUAACUUCAUUUAUAAGUACAAUUUAUGAUUACAUACAUUAUAUAACAUAACUUCAUUUAUCCGUACAACCCAUUAUUACAUAAAUAUAGCAUAGAUUCAUUUAUACGUACAAUUCAUGAUUAAUAAAUACAACAUAACUUCAUUUUUACGUACAACUCAUGAUGACAUAAAUAUGGCAUAACUUAAGUCAUGCGUACAACUCAUGAUUACAUAAAUAUAACAUAACUUCAUUGAUUCGUACAACUCAAAUAUAAAUGGAUUUGCCAUUCUAUUUUUUUGGUGAGACAGAAGCUGUGUUGAUGCUAAAGAAAUAUUGACAUAGUAUAUAAAAACAUUUUUCUUAGUCAUUCAUUGUCAAAUAUGACGUUUUCAUGGGUUAUUGGGACGUUUUCAUAUUAGGGCGUUCUCAUGGGAUGUUAGGACGCAUCAGUAGGUUUAUUAUGGCGAAAUAAUAGGUUAGAAUGACGUUUAAUGAGAUAAUAUGAAUUAAAAAGCUAUAUGUAUAUCAAUUUUAAAAAAAAUCAUUAUGUGACAAUGAGCCAAAAAAUGAUUUUAUGAAAUGUUCUUCUUUUCAGUUUUGUUCCAUUUCAUCAGUGUUCUAAUAUUUGGCUUGAAAUUACCGGACUCAGGCUUCUUGUCAUGGUCCUUCAACAUGUCAGCCGCCUCAACAGCCUUGGCGGCUCUCGGGAUAUUUUUGGUCAUCCUCUCCAGGAAGCCGGCUCUCAGGAAUUUCGGCUUCUUUUCGGAUAAAGAAAGAGCCAAGCGUAACGGCAGAGUUGGCUCAGUUCAAAACAGCAGCACCAGCGGCUCCAGGAGCCAGACACCGCAGCAGAACCUGACGAGCAGAAGUCAGAACGUGUUUGGGCCGUCAGAGCGCACGGCCGCGCAGCACCGUUUGAAUCCGAGUGCCCGACCUUUCGCCACUGGAACGUCAGCAGUGGCCAUGUCAUAUCCACCAUCGGGACAGUCUCAGGCAACGUUAUAUCCGCCCCCGGGACCGCCACAGGCAGCGGCGUAUCCAUAUGACCUCAGGCAUCCCCCAUUUUACCAGCAAGAUUAUCACCCCCAAGCAGGACCGUCCACGGCUCUGGGGCCCAUAAGAGGAUCAGGGCCCAGUGCUCCCCCGCCUGAAAGUCCACCGUCGUACGAAGAAUCAAUUUAUAACAGGUAGCCAGUGCUAAAAGGAGAUAAGAAUCAAUUUAUAACAGGUAGCCAGUGCUAAAAGGAGAUAAGAAUCAAUUUAUAACAGGU